AUGUCGGGCCCCGGGCCGCGGGAGCCGCCGCAGGCGCAGGCGGGCGGGCCGGCGGGCCCCGAGGGCGCGGACGCGGCGCUGGGCGAGGCGGGGCUGAGCUUCACGACCACCGACCUGAGCCUGGUGGAGAUGACGGAGGUCGAGUACACGCAGCUGCAGCACAUCCUCUACUCGCACAUGGAGGCGGCGGCCGAGGGCGAGCUCGAGACGCGCCUCAACUCGGCCUUCCUGGCGGCGGGGGGCGCGGCGGCGGCGGGCGGCGCGGCGGCGGCGGCGGGCGGGGGCGCGGCGCCGGUGUACCCGCUGCUGUGCCCGCCGGCGCUGGCCGACGGCGGCUUCGCGGGCGCCAACCCGUGCCUGGGCCACAUCGACUUCCAGGAGCUGCGCAUGAUGCUGCUGAGCGAGGCGGGCGCGCCCCCCGCCGCCGCCGCCGCCGAGAAGACGCCGGGCGCCGACGGCCCGGGCUCCGGCGCGGCGCGGCCCAAGGCGCCCGACGCCGCCGGCAAGGAGAACGCGGCCGCCGCCGAGGGCGCCUGUGAGGCGCGGGCCAAGUCGGCGGUGCGCGUCCGCCUGGAGGACCGCUUCAACAGCAUCCCCGCCGAGCCCCCGCCCGCGCCGCGCGGCGCCGAGCCCCCCGAGCCCGGCGUGGCGCUCAACAAUUUGGUGACUCUUAUUCGACAUCCAUCCGAGUUAAUGAACGUUCCUCUUCAUCAGCAACAAAACAAAUGCACAGCGUUAGUGAAAAAUAAGACUGCUGCCGCUGCCACUACUCUGCAGCUCACCUACCCCCUGUUCACUGCGAAUGCCUGCUCCUCUGCAGGGGGCGCCAGCCUCUCACAGACACAGAGUUCUAAUAACUCCUGUUCUAUACUUGAGGCUGCCAAACAUCAGGACAUUGGAUUACCAAGAGCAUUUUCUUUCUGUUACCAACAAGAAAUUGAAUCCACGAAGCAGACUUUAGGGAGUAGAAAUAAAGCUUUGCCUGAGCAGGUUUGGAUUAAAGUGGGAGAAGAAGCGCUGUGCAAACAAGCGAUAAAUAAGAGGAAUCGGAGUAGGAUACGUCAGUUGGACACCAGUGUGGAGCGAAGAGCCCUCGGAGAGAUUCAGAACGUGGGUGAAGGUGCCACCACCGCUCAGGGUGCCUGGCAGUCUGCAGAGUCAUCACAGUCCCACCUUGGGGAGCAGUCCCAGAGCGCCCCUGGCGGAAGGUCACAGCGCAGGGAAAGGCACAACCGCAUGGAGAGGGACAGAAGGCGCAGAAUCCGCAUUUGCUGUGAUGAGUUGAAUCUUUUGGUCCCGUUCUGCAAUGCCGAGACAGAUAAGGCCACAACCCUGCAGUGGACCACUGCGUUCCUGAAGUACAUUCAGGAGCGCCACGGAGAUUCUCUUAAGAAGGAAUUUGAGAGUGUGUUUUGCGGUAAAACUGGCAGGAGGCUAAAGUUGACCAGACCAGACUCCCUGGCGACGUGUCCCGCGCAGGAGAGUCUGCAGAGCAGCCCUGCCAUGGAGAUCAAGUGA